GGGAGUCGAGGGCGGCGGGCGGGCGGUGAGUGGCGAGCGGCGGGGGCCGGCAUGCGCCCGCGCCAUGGAGGAGCGCUGGCACAAGGUGCUGGUGGCGCUGGUGAUGCUGCUGCUCUUCGGCGGGCUGGUGCUGCAGUACGUGUGCCCGGGCAGCGAGUGCCAGCUGCGGCAGCGCCUGCAGGCGGCCAGGGCGCUGGGCGGUGUCUCGUCGUCGGCGCGCCGCCAGGCCGACCCGUACCGGGUGGAGGACGAGAGCCCGCCGCGCUUCGUGCCGCGCCUCAACUUCUCGGCCGAGGACUUGCUGCGCCGCGUGGACUUCAACAUCAAGGGCGACGACCUGAUCGUCUUCCUGCACAUCCAGAAGACCGGCGGCACCACCUUCGGGCGCCAUCUGGUGCGCAACAUCCAGCUGGAGCAGCCGUGCGAGUGUAAAGCCGGCCAAAAGAAGUGCACCUGCCACCGGCCGGGGAAGCAGGAGACCUGGCUCUUCUCGCGCUUCUCCACCGGCUGGAGCUGCGGAUUGCACGCCGACUGGACCGAGCUCACCAACUGCGUGCCGGCCGUGGUGGACAGCAAGAAGGACGCAAAACUGCGCCCUACCAGGAAUUUCUACUACAUUACAAUCCUGCGGGACCCUGUGUCCCGGUACUUGAGUGAAUGGCGGCACGUCCAAAGAGGAGCGACUUGGAAGGCUUCCUUGCAUGUGUGCGAUGGGAGAUCACCCACUUCUGAAGAGCUGCCCAGCUGUUACUCGGGAGAUGACUGGUCAGGCUGUUCUCUGCAGGAGUUCAUGGAUUGUUCCUACAAUCUAGCCAACAAUCGCCAGGUUCGCAUGCUGGCUGACCUCAGCCUGGUGGGAUGUUACAAUUUGUCUGUCAUGCCAGAAGAGCAGCGAAACAAGGUUCUCUUAGACAGUGCCAAGGAGAACCUGAAACGCAUGGCCUUCUUUGGCCUGACAGAAUUUCAAAGGAAGACUCAGUAUCUCUUUGAGAAAACAUUUAACAUGAACUUCAUCUCGCCAUUCACACAGUAUAAUAGCACAAGGGCCUCCAGCGUAGACAUUGAUGAAGAGACUCAGAAGCGCAUUGAGGCCCUCAAUUUUUUAGACAUGGAGCUAUAUGAUUAUGCAAAAGAUCUCUUUCUGCAAAGGUAUCAGUACAUGAGACAGAAGGAGCACCAGGAAGCCAGGAGGAAGCGUCAGGAGCAAAGGAAAAAGGCCAAACAGGUUCACAACAAGGAACAGACCACCACAAAUUCAACUACUGAUUACAUAGGGAAUGUGGAGCAGUGGCGGUAAUAGAGGCUGCAUUGUUUUUCAGAGUACUGAUUUGGAAGCCAGAACAGAAUUGCAAAUUGCAGAAGAGAUAAACUCUGCUGCUUUAGCUGCUGAAGAAUGCAAAUGGUUCUCCUGUGGCCUUUGCCGAAUGCUUUUGCAGUCAAUGUUGUACCGUAUGUGGGUUAACCUUUAAUCUCGGUGUGUCUCAGAUCUGUCCCUUUCAAAAAAAUAAUAAUAUUGGUCUAUCGUUAAGUGGAGCAAAUAAAACCCAAUAUCGCUAUCAGAAACGUUCUUUGGGCUUACAGAAACAAAAAUGUAUCAAGGCCUAGGACACUGAGGAAAUAGCUCUUCAGAUGUCUGUGGCGGGUUGUCUUCAGUGGCCCUCCAGGGAAAUCCCCAACAUAUUUUUAGAGAUGAGAUAUGAAGAAUAGUAACAAACAGCCAGAACUUCCUGUACUAAAUUGAAAGCUGUCUCAUUGAGUGCACAUGUUUUUCUACAGUGAAGCCCUAUAUCCCUUGUACUUUACACCAUCCGUUUGAGUGAAGGCCAGUUCAGUUUAAUACCGGAAAUGCUGAUAAGGGCUACAAUGAGCUGGUACUGACUUGACGCAGCCCACAGAGGCUGUUGAGGGUAUGGUCAUAGUGAGUCCUGUUUAACAUUGUCCAUUUGGGGCCACAAGCUCCAUCCCUGCAUCAUACUACA